AAGCGGGAUCUACAAUAGAAAUCGUAGAGUCGUAAGUCGUAGAAAUCGACCAAUCGCGGUCGAUUUUUCUUCUUAUGCUCGAUCGCGAUUGGUCAAUUUCUACGACUUCUAUUGUAGACCCCACUUAACGUUUGCUGCACGAUAACGGAACAAGUGUUGACGCGACUCGACUUUCUUUCUUCAGAGCGCUUCUUUCAUUUCGUCGGACUUAUGAUUACCGUGAGUUAGACACGUGGGAUCCCUCGAUGCGCGCAUUUCACUCAGCUCGCGCUAAAAUAAACGUUUUUCCGGCUUCGCUAAGUGCGGGAAAUCUCGUGUCAAUGUACCCGGUGAGGAGACGAGACCCAAGACAAGACAAGAAAUCAUGAGAACAAACGGCACUUGGCAUUCAGAUCACGCACGACUACUACGGAGCUGUCUGCCGAUCUACGCCUCUUUCGAUCACGGCGUACGUAUGUGUCACGAGUCGUCGUGUAUCAAGUCGUUGAUUAAUUGGCACCACUCGACCGUAUGACGCCUAAUUAGAUGGUAGUGAAGGGCCAAUGUGAAAAUCGAAUGUAGUUGAACGAUGUAUAAAAGUAUGAUUACGAUGAAAAUUACUGUAAUAAGUUGUGAGAGCUAUUCGACUAGCACACACAGAGUAAUGUUGAUUCGAGUAAAGAGAACAGUUUAAGGUACAGGUCGAAGAACUCUCGUUCGAUAACGCAGAACUUUGAAACCUACAUUUCGAGUUAAUGUGGCGGGAGAAGAGAGGGAAAAAUGGAAAGAAGGCAAAGAGAAUGUAUGUAAUUAUAAUAAAUGAAAUAAUUAUGCAGCGAACUAAUAGAGAGAUAUCGCAAAAAUUAAAUAUAUCUAUAAAAUUAGUGUCAUAGUGUUAUCUGUAAAAACUGAAUAGAUAAUUUAUAGUUAUCUGUGAAAACACAGAAUAAUUAAUUUAUUUAUGAAAACAAAAAAGAUAAUUUAUAGUUACUUGUAAAAAUCGAAUGAAUAUUAAACGAGAACUUAGUGAUAACAAAAGAUGUUGCAAUUGAAAACAUUCGUCUACACAUUCGAUUACGUUAAGACUCGAUUGAGAUAAUUGAUAGUAAUUAAUUGGAAAUCUCUCACAAGAAAUUUUCCUUUCCUACACUGAGAGAAAAAAUAUCUCAAAAUUAGUAAGCAUUUAUUUGAUGGAUGCUAACAGCGUAUUUAUUUAAAUCUAAAUUCUUUUUUAUCUAUACAAAAUAAAUAAUUACUCUUAUAAAAAUACAAAGUUUUUCUUAAAGUUUUAAGAAAAUUUUCUGUAUUGAAAUAUAUUUUAUAUUAGUGCAAACAAAUAUGCCGUUAGUACCUAUCGAAUAAAUAUUUGCUAAUCUUUAGAUAUUUUCUUUUCAGUGUACAACCAAAUUCAGUCUCCAGAAAACAGAAUUAGUUGGACGAAUCCAGUUCUUUUCCGUGUAGAAAAUAAAAUAAUAGAAUUGAUAAGAAAUAAAGAUUGCGGUCUAGCUUUCAGGUCAAUUUUCGUGACCGGAUAUUGUUCUCAACGUUAAUCCCGAUGAUAAAUGCGAAAGAUCACAACAGUGCCGCGAAGGAGACCGGGAAGUUUCGACUCCUUCGGGCCGGGUCAGGUCGUUAGUGUUCGCGCGUGAGAGAAGUCGCUGACAUUUCGGGAUGUUGGGCACCGGUAUAAACGAAGCGGGAAAGCCGCAGCGGCCCUUCCUCAUCGACGACAUCCUGGACCUUGUCGGUUUCGAUUGCCGAGCCCGUAAAUUUUACCCGCUCAGCCUCUGCGCCUCGCACGAGAAUAGAAUAAUGACGGGAGAGAAACCCUUGCCCCUCUCCCCCUCCCCCGGAUUGUCGCGCUUCUCCCGGAAGAUCUCGGAGGAUGUCGUUGUCUCGUCUCGCGGGCGUCUGUUCGCGGGAAUUGUGAGAUCUCGUGGAAAACAUGGUGUAUGUCGCCAACGAGCGACUGUAUCCCUCGUAACUUGCUGCUUUACUCUCGAACUUAUCCGAUUCUUUCGUUCACGAAAUGCAUAAACCGUGUACGGGAAAAAAUUAUCUCAUAAGAUCGCCGGAAUCUUCACGAAGUUCAAUCGUGAGUCCAGAUUCUUUCUCACAAACGAUCCCCAAAAUCUGUCAAUAGUUAUUACUUCAAACUCAUCUCAAGUGAGUUAUUCGGAUUUGAAUUCAGAGUUACAUGAGAAUUCUUCAGUCGAAUCAGAUAUAAAUGUCACGUGUAUCAUAAUGCAACUGGAAAACUUGCAUCUAAUUCUAAACAAAAGUGUCUGAAUAUCUCAGAUAAAAUAUUCAGAUGAAGAAUCCAAAAUACUAUUGAAAAGACUUCGAGCUUCGAAGUUCGAAGUUUGAGCUUCGAAGUUUAGCGCGAUUCCAAAUUCUUUAUCGCGAAUUUGUGGUUCGUUCUUUCUGAAAGAUAUUCUCGUGAGUCCAAUUUCUUUAUCGCGAAUUUGGAGCUAGUCGUUUUCAAAUGAUAUUCGCGGGGGAUCUCCGCGCUUCUCGCGAAGAAAAUUGUCAUGUCGAGUCACUGAGGACACAAGUGAAACAUGUAAUACAGUUCUUGUACACAGUCUGUAUUUUCCUACGGCUAUGUCGUGUGUUUGAAAGCAGACAGACAUCGUACGACCCCGCAUGGAAAGAGAAACUAUUACGCAGGCCAUAAAAGUGCUUACAGAUUAACGGUCCGUAAAAGACUACGAUGACAGAAACCAAAAAGGGUUAUUAGCUCUCGCGUUGGUUUACACAACACUUAUCCGCUUGCUCGCACGUAAAAUCGAAACUGCACAAACACUUCUUCUUUAAACUGCGUUUUCCGGUCGUUUACAGAAAAUCCUCUCUUUCUCUUUCUCUCUGCAUUGUUCCGGAAUACAUUCUGUGCAGAUACGACCAAAAGAACAGAGCUGGCGAGAGUGUCAGUUUCUUCCUCCAUAAUUUUCGGAGCGCCAAAUUAGUAUGCUAAUUGGUAACCUAAUUACAUCUUGUGCAAGUAGAAAUAUGUGAUUUCGUCAAAAUUCAUCAAAAUCCCGUUCGUGAAGAUCCCCAGAUAGACAAAUAUACGUAAAUUAGUAAAGAAGGCAACUUUACUAGUCGAUUUGUAAAGAUUGUUUAAGAAUGAUUCAUAGAAUAAUGAAAUAGAAUCACAAAGGAAUACGAAGGAAAUGAUCGAAAUUUGUCAUGCAGUAUGAAAAUUUGAGUAUGAGUAAAAAAAGGUCAAAAAUGCUUUUACUGAUUCACUUUAAAGCCUGAUUUACAAUGUGCUCUUUGCUUCCUGUUUCGUUCUUCCGUUCUAUCUCUAUCGUUUAACCUCUUUUUAACUUAAGAGAAUUAGAAAAAGAUAAAGAAACAGGAAGCAACGAGCAUAUUGCAAGUUAGGCUUUGAAGAGUAUGAUAGAAAUUUAAUGAUAAAUUCAGUACAGUACAUUGUACAUACUGUACACACAAGUACAGUUAUAUAUUUAUGUGCUGUAUAGUAUAUAAUACAGUUCAAGCACAUUUGCUUAAUAAAUGUAAUUGUACAGUCCCCAUCGUCGAUUGUAUUUCACAAUCGUGAUAAUUACGAAAGUCUAUCUGGGUCCCUUAAGCGGAGUCUACAAUAAAAGUCGUAGACAUUGAGCAGUCGAUUAUUCUUCUCGUACCCGACUAUGAUUGGUCAAUUUCUACGAUUUACAACUCUACGACUUCUAUUGUAGACCCCGUUUUACUCGCGGGUACCGUCGUCGGCUCGACCGCGGCUCCGGAGCGAGCUUCUUUUCGGGGCGACACGCGCGUGCCGGGCACGUGUACGUGCGGCGGCCUCCCGUUCGCGAUCCCCUUCAAAUCCGUGCGCCCUUCCACGUUCGUUCACGCGUUAAUGUCCGCGUAAAGAGGGAAGGAGAGCGAGGGAGGCAGAGGAGGAGACAUGGAGGAGAAACAGAAGAGAAGAGCGACCGCAGCAGCACGGCAGAGCGGCGCGCGGAGAGACAGGAGGAAGCGGCACCGUGUGCCAUCGUGGUUUUUUGAGUGUUCCAAAAAUACUCUCGACUCGGGGGAAAGAUAAAGAGAAGAACGGGGCGGGAAAGCCGGGCGAUUCGAUGGGCAGGAGGGAGGAGAGCGAAAAGAAGGAUGAUGCGCCUUGGUAGCCGUGGAGUAAGAGAGAAGAGAACGCCAGUCCUCCGUGACUAUUCAUCCGAGAAACGUGCUCGCGAGCACCGCGGCGACAAAGGGCACGGCAAGGAGAAGGGGAGAGAUUGCGAACCGCGAAAAUCCCGAGAAGAUUCCUCGGUCGCACGAUCGCGCGACGGGAACAAGACCGCGCCGCGAGGAGAUGUAUGCGUGUAUCCUUCCGGUUGUGUAAACCGAUCGAGACAUCGGGCGCAUCGCUUGCAGCAGUUGCAAAAAGGAAGUGUCGGUAACGCAAUUUAGUCAGGUGAAAAGGAAAGAGAGAAGGGAAGGAUGAAAUUGCAAUUUUCAAUUCGCACUUAAUUUCGAUAAAUCCGAAGAGAAUUGGCUGCGUAUUACACAUGUAUGUAAAGAUGAGUAAAUAAUAACGCUUAGGAUUCACGCUUCGACGACGUGACUUGACGUUGAAAAAAACGCGCGUGCAAUAUCAUCCGCGGAUCAUCCUCCAAUCGAUCGCGGACGGUCACGUCGCGGCGAUUCGAAUCGGCUGCAAUUCAAAGUGACACCGUACGCGAUCGAGGAUGCCUCUGAAAAUCGAAAGCGGCACCUACACGGUGAAUCCGGUGGUGAAAAAGAAUGUCUCGAAGUUCCUCCUCUGGAAACAUUGGCGGCGAAGUGUGCACGAGGACCGCGUGGACGAGGAUUGGCGAGGAAGUGGGCAGCCGUGCGGGGGCGGUGAGGUGGCGGGCCUGGACGACGUCGACGACUUCUGCACCGCGACGGUGACGUCGUCGGUCCCCGGAGCCGGUGGCAUCCACUCGCAUCGACGUAACAGACCGCUCUCCCUGGCCGUCCAGCCUCUCAACUAUCAUCGCCUCGACCCGGACCACAAGACAGCCGCGGAGAUCGCCACCAGGCACCAUCACCCUAACAUGACCAGCCAGGAGAGUAUCGGCAGUUGCAGCCUGGACGUCGACCGCUCUGCGUCCGACCGAUCAGAGAACACUGUGGACUCAGUAUCGGAGAAAACCCUGCACAGCUUGAACUUGUCGUGCAACGGUGAGCCAGUGUCGUUAGCUGAGAACUUGGCGAACGGCAGCAGUGAGACGCUGCAGAAGUCGCACCUCACCCCCGAUGAGAAGCUGAACGUCAGCAAUGGUCCACGAGGCAGUCCCGAGCCGGAGCAGCUGACAGCGAAGAAGCCGAGUUACUUGGGUCUGGCGUGCAGCAUAAGCGGCUACUCGGGCAUCACCAGGUACGACAGUAAGCUCAGGGAAGGAUUUCGCUCGAGAGACAGCAGCCCCGGCGCAAGAUUGAUCACGAGGGACACGAGUCCUGCAGGUUUCAAAUCCAACGAGAAUCUCAGUGUUCCGUCGUAUCACCCGCCUAAAAGCCACUCGAUAUCGCCGUUAGCGAUGGACCGGCAAAACGGAUUCGCCAAUGGCAUGAAGGAGGAGUGCAAGAUCGAGACAUACAUAGAGAGCAGAAGCUCGAUCACGAUAUGCCAAGAUUUUUCGGAAGUUGACAAGGGAGUAUCGUUGCAUACAGCAUUCCCCGACCUCAGCCCCAUCAGGACGAGCACUUCCAUUAGCAAGCAAAGCCCCGGGAUAUCGCCGAUGAUGUCCUGCGCUCAACAAGACAAAUCUUUUCCCGCGGGUUUCUCCUCUCCCAAGCAGGGUAUUAGUAAUCUCUCGAAUACUUCGUUUAGUGACACUAAUGUUCUAAACGGCUUGACGACUGAGGUUGAGAGCCAAGUAUUGAACACCUCAUCGAACAGUGAGAAAUCGUUCAUUCAGCAGCGAGUGGAGCGGCUCUACGGUCCAGGUGCUUUAGCGCAAGGUUUCUUCUUCAAGCGAAGCACCACUAAACUAAACGUCACCAGCGACGGUAGUUUCAAUAAGUCCGGUAACAAUAACAAUAUUUCGACAGACAACGCAAACACAGACGAAUCGUUGAAGAAUCUGCCAGUGCUGCGGCACCUGCGCCCGGAAUUCCGGGCGCAGCUUCCUGUAGUUAGCACCAGAAAGCCUACGGACGGUACGGAGCAGGUCAUCAAGCCCCUACAGAGGGUAAUACCGGUGACACGGAAGGUCGAUCCGAAGAACCCCACGACCACGAAUUCGCAGAACAGCGUAACGAGGAGAAUCCCGGUGAUCGUGGAGAGCGAUACGUCGAAACGCGAUACCACAAGCAUACCUGAUCAGCAGCCAGCCGCGCCGAAGGUGGUGUUACCCGUGUUGGAACCCAGCGCGAGUUCAACGAAUAUAGCAAAGCAAGCUCAAGAAGCGGAGAAAGUAGUAGAAGAGAAAGACGGACAUUACUUUAUGAAGUUACUGAAACAGGAAACAGACAGGCUGCUCUCGUUGGCUGCAUCUGCCGAGGCCGAAUUAGCUAGCGGCGAUACCGUUGCACUGCCGGAGGAAGCAGCUGGUAAACUGAGAUCAGCCGCGGGCAAAGCUAGAUUGUUGACUUCUCAGAAAAUGCAGCAAUUCGAGGGACUCUGCCAGAAGAACAUUAAUCAGGUGCCAGAUGAAGAGUUCCCGACGACGAACGAGGACUUGGCCGGCUUCUGGGACAUGGUGAUGCUGCAGGUGGUUCAGGUGAACGAUCUUUUCGACCAGAUAGAAAAGCUGCGGAAGUCGCAGUGGCAAGAAAGCGUGCCGGACAAGAAGGCCGCGCCAACCUCGCAGAACGGCAAGCGCAGAGUCAUCUCGGUCCACAAAGCAAAGCCGACUGCGAACAGCGAGGCGAACAGGAAGGCGCGGGAGGCGAGGGAGCAGGCGCGACGACAGCUGAUCGAGGAGCGGAGACGAGCGAUGCGCUCUAACGCGCAGAACACUGACAGUUCCGUCGAGAUCUUCGCCCCCGAGACGUAACGACGAACAACGGCGCGCUGAGUCGGGACUCGGGACAAAUGAUGAGACACAAUCGGCAUUGUAGAGCUCAUAAGAAAUAUUAGCGCGUGUAGACUGUGACGUAGGGAUCAAGCGCGUUGCGAUCAUCACGCCUCGAAUGAGCGUUGGGCUGACACGCGAGGAGGUAUAUAAGAGAGAGAAAGAAGAGAAAAGAAUCACACGUCGUUAUGCGAUCAGCUUAUGCGAAAAUCAAAGCUGCUUAUUAUUACUACUACUACUGCUAUUACUACUAUUACUACUACUAUUACUAUUAUUAUUAUUAGUAUUAUUUUAUUAUUAUUAUUAUUAAUCAAUGUCUCAUCCUCCGUAUGCGAGUCAGAGUCGCAACGAGGAACGAAAAAGUGUCGAGAGCGCAUCAGAGGUUACUCAGAGGAUGUUUCGCAUUACGAAUGGCAAGAAAAAAGGAGGCACGACUCGGAGGCGAAGGUCUCUCGUCGAGUUUCAACGCGUCGCGUAUUAACGUCCCGAAUAUCCUAGCAAUAAUGCGACGAUGACGACGAUGACGACGAUGACGACGGCGCGUCGCACCCUUCUUGUUUAUAGAGAUAUUUUGUAACGAAACGCGAGGAAAAUACUUGCCGUAGCGCCUUGUCAGAUUGUUUUUCUACGUUGAGUGUCGGACAGACACUGAUUAACUUAUAUUUGUACAAGCUGUAGUGAGUUAAUAAUAUUGUGGGAACAGUUGCGGCAGCCGGACAGCCGCGACGAAGAAUCGGAUGAACGCGAUAUCGCGCGAGGAACUCUUGUCGGUCGAUGUCAGUCGCCCUUCGGAAGUCCACCGGGGUGUCUAGGUUAAGAGUCCGGAUGCGUCGAUCGUAAGGGGCGUCAGAUUUUUCAUGCGAUUUUAUCACACGUAUGACGAUCUGAUUUCUGACGACCAACAGCAGUCUUCUCACGUAGGUCCUGUCGUGACAAUUCGCAAUCUUAACCUAGACACAAGGCGAUUUAUCGUGUAGUUUAUGUAUGUAAAUAGAAUUAAACGGAUAUUCACAAUUGCACGAGGCCCACCUCAUGUUAGGCCGAGUGUUCGCCUAAUAGCUUUUUCUAUCAGAUAUCGACAAAGUUUCCCAGUUGAGAGAGAUGCUGUCAACAACAGACGAGAGUAAAAAGAUUCCUAUUAUUCUUAUUAUUCUUAUUAUCAUUACAGUCACUGCGAUAAACACAUUUUAUUAUUAUUAUUAUUAUUCUAUUCUAAUUAUAAUUAUACACGAAUACACCCUCAUCUCCCGCGCGAAACGUGGUCGUAUAUAAAUUAUUCUCGUCAGCGACGGUGUUAUUAGUCGUAUCAACGCUCUCUGGAAUAUCCGCUGCGACGACGUUCCACCACGUUACGCGCGUGAGACUCACCGCGUCCAAGUGUAGUGGCUGGCGUUUUUCACUUAUUUGUAAGAUGAUCAUGUUUGAUGAAUCAUUGUUUGUCGCACAUAUUCGAAGACGUUUAUGGAGGAAAGAGAGAGAGAGAGAGAGAGAGAGAGAGAGAACGUUGAAUGCGAAUGUGCGCGGCAGGUGCGUUUUGGAUACUGUCACAAGCCUUGAGCGCGAUGCGACGCGUCAUGAAUCUCGAUCGGAUUGUCGACUUGAUCUAUUUGACCGUGGCUCAACGUGUCGCUCAAUCGUUACAUCCGCCAAACCUGACAUUCCCCGUGAUAAAGAACGUCUCUCGUAAACGAAAGAAGGAAAAAAAAAGAAGAAAAGAAAACCUCUUUUCGCGUAGUUAUACACGACUGUAACUUACACUCCUCAGCAUCCGAUUAACGGUUAGCGGUUCUAACGGCAAGUCAUCAACCAAAUAACACUAUCAUACCUAAGUAAUGUAAUCACGAGCGUGUGUCGUCGCGCGCGAACUGUAAUCACGACUCUCGUUAUUCGCGUCAGUGUUAUCAUUAUUAUCAUUGCGCCGAUUUUGUCUCGGUUCCUUUUGUCGGAAAUUUUUGUAAAAAAAUUCACCCGUGUAAUUUAUUGAUUGUUAAUUCCCUUGGUGCCUUCAUUAUUUAUACAUGUGUAUAUAAUCGACUGACACAGCCAACAAUUUUAUGUACAUGUAUCUAUUUAAAUUAUACGUUUGAUCGAAUUUCACAUGAAAUCUGUUGAUAAAUAAGAAUAAAACGAAUAAAUACCAUUAUUUAUCAA